AAUAACACAACCGUCAGCUCUUAAUAAACCUACACAACCGCCACUAUUUUAUUUUUGUUCAAACAAAACAUCGAACACUUGGUACUCAAAAAGAAAAAGAAAAAAGACUUGCGUGAAUCACAAAAAGAAGAGCCAACCAUUAUGAUCAUUUUAUGAAAAUGUGGUUAUGAUCAUUUCCAUAUGCAUACACACCGUGAUUAUGAUCAUUUUCAAUAAUAUGGUUUUUAUUCGACUAAUUCAGCCCCAAGUUUGUAUCGACUCUCCGAUCUUCUUCUGCAACUCCGGCGACCUAAAACAUUCUUCAUCCAUCAACAUCGGGCGCCGCCUGCGGAGGUGAGUGGACCACAAGUUUUCUUCUCCAGAUCCAAAAACUGAAACCAUGGCUGACUUACUGGUGGGAGGAGCUCUUCUCUCUGGUUUCAUCAAUGUCCUCUUUGAUAGACUAGCUUCUAAAGAGGUCCUCAACUUCAUUAGAGGAAAGAAAGUUAUUCCUAAGUUGCUUAAAGAGUUGGAGAUUACAUUGAUGUCUGCUAAUGUACUGCUGAACGAUGCCGAGGACAAGCAACUUGGAGACAACAAUGUGAAGAAGUGGCUUGAAGAUCUUAAAGAAGUACUUUAUAAAGCUGAUCACAUGGUGGACAAGAUCAACACUAAAGCUUUGCAACUCAGGAUGGAGAAAGACGAACGCAAAAGGGCAAAAAAUAAGGGUGAGAUUUUCCCCUGUUUAGAGGAGUUUGAGUUAGAAAGAUGUCAAAAGUUAAAUAUGGCAUUACCUGUUUGCAAUUUUCCAUCUUUGAAAUGUAUCGACAUUACAUCUUGCAAUGAAUUGGUGACUGUAUUUCCAGCAAGUGCACAUGUUGACUCUACAUACCCUCGCCUUAAAAAGUUGUUCAUAAGGGGAUGUCCAAUGGUUGAGUCAUUUUCAGAAAUGGGAUUAUUGCCCAUUACUUUAAAAACUCUGUCCAUUGAGUCAUGCGAUAUGCUCAUUGAAAAUCGCAUGAGAUGGAAUUUACAAAGAAACUUGUCACUGAAACAGUUUGAAAUUAUAGAAUGUGGUGGAGUGGUAGAUUCAUUUCCAGAGGAGUGGUUGCUUCCACCAACUUUAAGAAUUCUCUCAAUCAAAUUUUGUUCGAACCUUAAAGUUCUAAAUGGAAAAGGGUUUCAGCACCUAACCUCUCUUCAAGAAUUGAAUCUUCAUUACUUGGAAAAAUUAGAGUGCUUACCAAAUGAAGGACUGCCCCAGACUCUUACUUCUCUGGAUAUUGAUGGUUGUGAUUUGCUAAUUUCUCAAAAGGUAUAUGGAGGUUGUAUUUGAGAUAUAUUUUAUUGUGUGAUUUUGGAUUAUUCAGAUCUCUUGAUCUGAGGUAGUACUGAGGGGAGUGCCACCACUGGUGUUUCUUAUAGUUACUCCAGAUGAUGAUGCUGAAAAGGGAUUUCAGAUGAGAACUAUUCUGAUUAAGAGAUGAAAAGAUUGAACUUUUUUAUUUUUUUGGGGUAAUUUUGUCUUCAUUAUUCUUUGUUUUGGUUUGACACCAAAGCCAAGUGGAUUAGAAGGUCGACAUGUCAUUUAGUUUUGAUGAAGACAUUUAUGUGACAAUAAGUGGGACAAUAAAUGUCUACUCCCAAGUGGGUAUUUCUCUCUUUGUUGUCAUUAUCUAUUAUUAUUAAUUUAUAAGAAAUUGUUUAGGCUUAAUUUGUGAGUGAGAUGGAUGUUGUGUUGUAAAAUUACGUUCACAACUCUUUCAUAUAGUCAAGUCCUUUUGUGACCAAUUUUUUUUACAGAUUUUUCAUUAGAGAUGUAUAGGAGUGUCCUACUAUUUAGUUAGUGAGAAUGUGAUUGCUAUUAUUAUUGCUCCUGCUUUAGAUGAUUAUGCUGCUGCUAUUGAGAAAAGUUAUACCAGAAUGAGAACUGUUAUUGUUAACAGAUGACAAUGUUUAAUUCUUCAGUGAUUGUUGCGGAUUUUCCUAAGUGUGUGCAAGUGUACACAAUCGUUGAACAAGUAAUAUAAUGAAAGUAAUUUUUAUCGUCUCCUCAAGAAUUGCCAAACAAAUAUUGUAAAAAUCAUCAUCAAACAAUUUGGGGUGCAAUUAACUAUCCCUUUUUUUUUAUGACUAAUCAAAUUAACUAAAGGACAAAAAGAACUAAACAAGAUAAUUAAUUUAGGCGUUUAACAAUAAAGCUGGAAAAUGACAAAUUGCGAUUACUAUGAUGAUAAAAGUUAGGCAUAUCAAAUCCCCCUAAUUUGUAGUUUUGCCCCCUGAUGUUGCAACAAAGUUCAUAGGAUUGUUAUCCCUCCUCUUACAUCAAAUUGGAUAAAAUCAAUGUAUAAAAGUGCCUUAAAUACGAAGCUACUAAUUAAGUGAUCAAAUGUAUUCUUUUUUCUUGAUAGCAGAACUUAACUAAUGGACUUAAAAGUUAGUUAGUGCUCUGAAUAUGAAGUACUGGAGGCUCCUAUAUCUGCAGCUUUUCUUGGCAACUUCAAUUUAAUUGGCAGCUUUCAAAAGGAGAAAUUAUGAGUUGGUCAAUGGAGAAAAGUCUCUUGUUAGUAGGCAAUCGUUCAUUUAUUAAUUUAUAGACUAUUUAAGGGUGUUAGACCCAUGAAUAAGGCUUGUGGGGCUUAUUAUGUUUAAUUAGUCACAAGCACCACAAUAUGUUUAAUCAGUUCAUUUUAAAAUACUGUAAAAUCUGAGGCUAUUCCAAAGAUACAGUUGUGUGAUGAUUUUAAUUGUUUUUUUUACUAAAUUUUGUUGUUUAGGAUUUUGUUAUUGAUAACUCUAGGAUUUAGAGUUAUUUUCACAUCUUUAAACUUAAUUUUUGAACCAAACAAAAGAGUAAUGAGUUUUUAUUUCUUGUAAUUGUGUUCAAUUUAGUGUGUCUGUGUAGCUAGGGACCUUGUGUUUGCAUUUUCAUAUUUUUGAGUGAUUUUUGUAGUUUAGUGUAUGUGUUAAACAGGAAAGGAAGCUGAAAUAAGUGAUCGGGGACUUUGGAAUCAAAAAGGAAACAACAAGUCUGGAAAAUGCAUGUUGCUGCUUCAAUGCUGCAGCAUCACCGUAGCAAUUGGCAGAGCCCAGGAAGGAAACGUGACAAAUGCGAGCUGGACUUAAUGAGACAUAAGUGGCGCUGAGGUGGCGAGAGUAUUGUACAAUUAAGUCAGCUGGGUGGUGUGGCAAAGGACAGGGGGCAAGAUUGACUUUGACUUGCUAAUUAGGGUAAACCAAGUACCCUAAAAGGGAAGUACCAGCCGAAAAUGGGAGCAGCCCCCAUUCUGAGAGACAGCUGAUUUUCUUAGACCAUUUUGGAGAGAAAACAGAAGAAAAGAAAAAAAAAGAAAACAGAGAGAGUACAGAGGAGGAAGAGGACCACGAGCUGACAACUAGGGGGAUUGAGCACAACAAUUCCUUCUAACUUCUUCUUCUCCCUUCUUCAUUUUGUAUUGUAUUUUCUCUCCAUCUAAUUUGUGAACAAACUCCAUGGAUUUUCUAAUAGCUACUGGUUUUGUAUUUCUAAUAUUAAACAUGACCUAAAUCUAUUUUUCUCAUAUCUGAAAUCCACCCAGAAUUCUUUCAUUUCAA